GGUGCGGCGGCGCAGAGGGUGCUGUGCGGCGGUGUUGCGGCGGUGCAAGGCGUCGACAGAAAUGGUAAGAACACGAGGUGCAUCUUUUAGUUCUCGAGGAGAGAGUUCUCGAGGANAGAGUUCUCGAGGAGAGAGUUCUGCACAGGAUUUAGGUAGGAGACGACCUACGGCUUCGGCUCGGAGAGGGCGAGCAGCUCCUAUUCAAGAUGACCCUAUCGCUGAGGACCGAGCGUUUGAGGAGGAGGCAUAUCAGGCCUANGAGGGUCCUGUUCAGGAUGAGGCAUUUGAGGCCUCUGAUGACGAUUACGAGGAGGAGGAACAUGAUGUUCCUGACAUACAGGAUGAUGUCGGUGGAUUUCCUGGAGGUCCACGUGAUGCUUCUUUGCUGACGCACUAUGUUCAGCAUGUUGCUUAUAGUAUUUCACAGGGCCGGGAUCGAGGAGAGAUGUUGAAAUUGAUCUCCCAUGNUAUAAAAGUUAAUAAGUUAGGACCGUGCGCCGAGGGAAUUCAACACAUUGUGUUGAAUUCCUCUUUGAUGCCUCUCACACAAAUCUGCUACGAUUACGUUGAUAAGGGCUUGUUGCUUGGAUUCAUAGAGAGAUGA